AUGGCUGCCCUUGCUGCUGCUUCCUUGGCUCCGGUUGCCUCCCUGAAGGCCACCACCACGCUGAAGACCAGCGUGGCCAAGACCUUCAAGGUUGCUCCCUCCGCUGCUCGCGUCUCGAUGGCCACCUACCAGGUGACCCUCGAUACUCCCUCCGGCAUCUCCACCAUUGAGGUUGCCGAUGACGUCUACAUCCUGGAUGCUGCUGAGGAGGCUGGACUCGACCUUCCCUACUCCUGCAGGGCAGGCGCCUGCUCGUCCUGCGCGGGCCAGGUUACCGCCGGCUCCGUGGAUCAGUCCGGCCAGUCUUACCUUGAUGAUGACCAGAUGGCUAAGGGCUUCGUUCUGACCUGCAUUGCCUACCCCACCUCCGAUGUCACCAUCAAGACCCACCAGGAGGACAGCCUGAUGGAAGUUCCGUCAGCGAUCAUGGGGUUGAAUGCUUCACCGGCCGUGCGUGUAACGAGCUUGACCAACUUCAUGUCUGCGGGAGGCACUGAUAUUGCCGCGCUGACGCUGUUCGUCAGCCUUCUGUGCGCGUGCAUCGUCGUUGGCCACUUACUGGAGGACGUGCGAUGGAUCAACGAGUCCGUCACAGCCAUUAUCUUUGGCCUGGUGACCGGCGGCGUGGUGCUGUUGGUGCGCAAGGGGAAGAGCUCCCUGGUGCUGCGCUUUGACGAGGACCUGUUCUUCAUCUACCUGCUGCCUCCCAUCAUCUUCAACGCCGGGUUUCAGGUGAAGAAGAAGCAGUUCUUUCGCAACUUCGGAGCCAUCAUGGCGUAUGGCAUUGUGGGCGUCUUCAUCUCCUUUGGAGUCAUCUCAGCAGGGUGCAGGAGCCUCUUUGACCUUCUGGGCCUUCCACCACAGCACAGCCGCGUGUAUCUUGCUCUUGGCGUGAUAUUCUCUGCAACUGAUUCCGUCUGCACGUUACAAGUGUUGGAUCAGGGCGAGCAGCCGCUGGUGUACAGCCUGGUGUUUGGCGAGGGCGUGGUGAACGACGCCACGUCCAUUGUGCUCUUCCGCGCCGUGCAGAAGCUGCAGCACGAUGCACUCGACCUGCCUGCUGUUGCCGGCAUUGCCUCUGACUUCCUCUACCUCUUCACUGCCUCCACUGCCCUCGGCAUCGCUUUUGGAUUGGCGUCAGCGUUCAUAAUCAGGAAGCUCUAUUUCGUCGGGCAUGCAACGGACAGGGAGGUGGCGCUGAUGGCGCUCAUGGCGUACCUGUCGUACGUGCUGUCAGAGGUGCUGGAGCUUAGCGGCAUCCUCUCCGUCUUCUUCGCCGGCAUCGUCAUGAGCCACUACACGUGGCACAACGUCACCGAGAGCUCUCGAGUCACCACCAAGCAUGCGUUUGCAACGAUGUCGUUCAUAGCGGAGACGUUCAUCUUCAUCUACGUGGGCAUGGACGCACUGGACGUGGACAAGUGGAACUCCGUCAACCACAGAAAUGCAGGAGUGCUGUUUGGCAUCCUUCUCUCGCUCGUGCUGCUGGGGCGUGCUGCCUUUGUCUUCCCACUCUCCUUCCUGCUCAACCUCCAGCGCAAGAACAGCCGAGUGCUGCUCCCCCAGCACCAGGUGGUGAUAUGGUGGGCGGGGCUCAUUCGUGGUGCUGUCUCCAUCGCCCUCACCUACUCCGCAUUCCCGGACUAUGCAGACCCAGUGGUUGCAACCACAAUUGCUGCCACCAUUGCUCUCGUCCUCUUCUCCACAGUCUCCCUCCCAACCUUUCCCACCUCACACCGCCCACAGGUGUUUGGUCUGCUCACAAGCCCUCUCAUCAGCCACCUCCUGCCUCGCCCUCUCGACCGCUCCUCCAGCCUCGUCAGUGACGCACUGCCCUCGCCAAAAUACUUCUACUACCCACCCUCCCUGCCCCGCCGAUCCUCCUCCUCCUCCCUCUCUCUCGCCCUUGACAUCCCGCCCUCGCCCCUCAGUUGCGCCUCUGGUUUAUCUGCGCCUCCCCGGUCCUAUCGCUCCGCCGCACCCGGUACCUCUCACUCCGCCCCCUCCUCUUCCUCAGCCGCACACGGCGCUGCUGCUUCUUCCCGUCCCUCUCGUGUGCUCCGCUUUGCCGAUCCCCCUGCCCCCGAUGCUGCUGCUGCCGCAGCAGCAGUCGCAGCAGCAGCAGCUGCAGCGGCAGCGGCAGCAGCAGUGGGUGAAAGCUCUUCCUUUGCGGGUUUCACCACAGCAGCAACAGCAGGGGCGAGCAGCAGUGUGGUUGCUCCUCCACCUGAAGCAGCAGUGUCCUGCCUGCCUCCCAACGCCCUACCAGGCCUCACCAUGCCAGACCAGCGCUUUACGUCUCGGCUGCUGUCAGCAAGAGAGAGUGAUGUGCAUGACCUCUGGCGCUGGUUCGAUGACUCAUACAUGCGACCCAUGUUCGGCGGCAGGGGCUUUGUCCGACCGUUUGCUGCCGCUGCUGCCACUGCCGCGGCUCAUGCCUUUGCAACGCCGGUUGUGCCAACGCCGCGAGCCAUUGCCGCUGCCGCCGCUGCUGCCGCCUCGGGCGCCGCUGCUGGUGCUGCUGCGUCGGCUGCAAUGCGAGCGAAUAGAAUCCAAUCAGGCGAGGGGCUGGCAGGCCUGCGAGUGAGUCUUACUGACAGGUUGCUGGCAGAGGGUGGGGAGGUGAGGGGUGUGGAAGAGUAUAUAGAGGAGGAGCGGAUGGUUUCGGGAGGUUUGCUUGGAGAUGUGCUGCGGUUCGGAGGGGAGUGGGAAGCACAGGGGGAUGAGGCACGGAGGUCCAGCAGUGGGUGGUGGAGCAUAUCGGAAGAAGGAGGGGAGAGGGAGUCGGCAGGGGAGCAGGGCGGGCGGAAGGAGGAGGAAGGGGAUGCGAUUGAAGGGGAGGACUUGGCAGACUGUGAUUCGGCCUGGCCCGCCCGCCUGCAAUCGCCUCGACCCCAUGCGUCCCCUCCGUUCCACUCACGGCCGUCCCCGGAUCGUGGAACAUGA